UUCACUUUCCAAAGGACAACAAACCCUGCUCCCCACUCCCUGUAUCUGCUGGGGCCUUGUCCCUCCCAUCCCGCAUCCCUCUGCCCCUGGGGCAAAGGCACAGGAGGAGGGACCUGUCACACACAGUGUCCCCUUGGCGCCCCAUCUCGCUGGGCACAGCCAGAGCAGCCAUGUGUCCCCCACUCUGGAUGGCAGCCUGGGUACUCCUGCUCCACGGCUGUGCUGCAGGGCAGGCUCCUUCCCCCAGGAAUGACAUCCGGGAUUGCACCGCGGACCCACCGUACCUGCCACCGACGGCCACCAACACGACGGAGCGUCUGGCGGCGCUGCGGGGCGCCAUGCGGACCCACGGCGCCCACGCCUACAUUGUGCCCUCCACAGAUGCCCACAUGAGCGAGUACAUCUCCGAGCGGGACGCCCGGCUGGGCUGGCUCACUGGUUUCACCGGCUCUUCAGGCACCGUUGUGGUGACGCAGGACAAGGCUGCCCUGUGGACAGACAGCCGCUACUGGACCCAGGCGGAGCGGGAACUGGACUGCAACUGGGAGCUGCAGAGGACAACCUCCAUCGAGUCCAUCGGGAUGUGGAUCCUGAAGGCGGUUCCUGUAGGGGGGAACGUCAGCUUGGACCCCUUCCUCUUCUCCAUCGGCACCUGGAACAGCUACAGCCGGGCUCUGCACGGCUCCGGCCGGACCCUGCUCCCCCUCGAGACCAACCUUGUGGAUCAGGCGUGGGGUGACCACAGACCCCUUCCCUCCUCCAGUGAGAUCUACAGCCUCCCAGCAGAGUUCACAGGGAGCAGCUGGCAGGAGAAGGUGGCUGGGAUCCGGCAGCGGAUGGAGCAACACGUGAGGCAUCCCACRGCCGUGCUGCUGUCGGGGCUGGAGGAGACGGCCUGGCUCUUCAACCUCCGCGGAGAUGACAUCCCCUACAACCCCGUCUUCUAUUCCUACGCYCUCCUGACCAACACUACCAUAAGCCUGUUCGUGGAGGGCUCCCGGCUCUCGGCGGCGGCGCGGGAGUCGCUGCGCUCGGGCUGCCCGGGGCCGCUGUGCGUGGARCUGCAGGGCUACGAGCAGGUGAGCGCCCAUCUGCGCCGCUACGCCCAGGGCAACGUCACCGUGUGGCUGGGCACCGAGUACACCACCUACGGCCUCUACAGAGUCAUCCCCCAGGAGAAGCUGCUGGAGGAGAACUACUCGCCUGUCAUGAUGGCCAAGGCUGUGAAAAACGCCCACGAGCAGGAGCUGCUGCGAGCCGCCCACGUCCGGGAUGCGGUGGCCGUCAUCCAGUACCUGCUGUGGCUGGAGAAGACAGUCCCACAGGGACAGGUGGACGAGUUUUCAGGGGCUCAGCACAUCGACGCACUUCGCUGGGCCCAGGAGCACAGCCGUGGGCCCAGCUUCCAGUCCAUCUCGGCCAGUGGGCUCAAUGCGGCGCUGGCCCACUACAGCCCCUCCAACGGGAGCAGCCGGACACUGUCUGCAAGAGAGAUGUACCUCUUUGAUACCGGAGGGCAAUAUCUGGACGGGACAACAGACAUCACUCGGACAGUGCACUGGGGAGAGCCCACCCCAUUCCAGAAGGAAGCCUACACCCGUGUGCUGAUGGGCAAUAUCGAUCUCUCCUGCCUCAUCUUCCCAUCCAACACAGCAGGGAGAACGGUGGAGUCUUUCGCCCGCCGGGCACUCUGGGAUGUUGGACUCAACUAUGGUCAUGGGACUGGCCACGGCAUCGGCAACUUCCUCUCAGUCCACGAGUGGCCUGURGGCUUCCAGUCCAACAAUGUGCCACUGGGGGCCGGCAUGUUCACUUCCAUUGAGCCUGGGUAUUACCAGGAUGGCGAGUUUGGGAUCCGCAUUGAAGACGUUGCCCUUGUGGUGAAGGCGCAGACUGAGCACCAGAGUGGGGAGGAGCCUUUUCUGACCUUCGAGGUGGUGUCCCUGGUGCCCUAUGACCGGAACCUCAUCGACCUCAGCCUCCUGUCCCCACAGCAGAUCCGGUACCUGAACUCCUACUACGAGAGGAUCCGAGCGCUCGUGGGGCCGGAGCUGCGGCGGCAGCGGCUGGAGGAGGAGUACGGCUGGCUGCAGGAGAACACCGAGCCGUUCCCGGUGAGCGGCGCUGCGAUGGCCACCGCCGCCGCGGGCACASUGGCCCUCGCCUCGCUGCUCUCGGUGCUGCUCAGCGGGCUGGGGGCCUGACCCCGCACAUCCCCUCCCACCAUGGCCGGGUCUUCCCCCGCGCUCACUUCCUUCCUUUUUUUGUUGUGUUGUUUGCUCGUUUGUGAUUAAACAUGAGCAAGGCGGGCCCUGCUGUGCCCUGCCGAGCACGA